AUGGCCCCCGACAUCACCUCGCUUCCACUCUCCCCGCGUCCCUCGCAGCCCAACUCGCAGACUCCCUCGACGACCGCUUCUCGACGCCCCUCGCAGAUGAUGCCUCCGCCCAUCCAGCCGGCCUCGCUGACCAUUUCGCAUCGAAGCCCGAUCAUGUCGGGCCAGGAGCAGAAUGUCCCUCUCCGCCAUCCUCGGCCCCUCACCGCCGCCGAGUUGUACCUCGAAUGUGAGAAGGAGCAGGAAGCUGUGGUCAAUCGCCUCACUCGCGAACUCACCGCCCUCCGCGCUCAGUCCGCUUCCGUCGCCAGCAAUCACUCCAUGUCGUCCAAUUCCACCGCCGCCUCCAACUCGCUCCUCCCCGUCGACAUCGGCGACACCAAUCCCACACAUCAGAUGACGGGUGCCACCCAUCCUACUCCUUCCCGGAGACAUCGCUCUUCAUCGUCCAUGAGUGGCAGGAGCAAUGUCAUCCUCACCCCUUCCUCCAUCGCUGGCAGCACACAGGCUGUUGCAGGAAGUUCCCAUGCGGGACAUGGCGUGUCACAAGCUUCGGCAGAUCGUGCUGCUGCGGCGGGUAAUCUCUCUCGGAAUCCGUCGGUGAGUGGAAGAUCAGGAGCGAGUACACCAGCGAGGCAGAGCGUGGAUUUCUCCAGAAGUGCUGUUCUCGCCCGCCCUUCCAUGUCUCGGGAGAACACUAGCUCUUCCACUCUGGCCCAACCUGGUUUUCCGGCGGCCGCUGCACAAGGACCCACGAGGGAUGUCCGCGACGCUAUGCAGCACUUUGCCGAUACCAGCGCCUACCGCACAGAAAUGGAAAUCGUCAAGGCAGAGAACGAURUCCUACGACAGCGCGUCCGAGCUCUGGAACAGGCUCUCCGCACUCAGCGUCGAGGAUCGAGCUCUUCUCGCGAACCAAGAGGGGAGCAGAGAGAGCGGGGAGCCAGUGAUGUCCGCACAGACCGUCGCGAUGUCCGGAGCGGGGAGAGUCUCUCCACCCGAGGCCACAGCAUUGGCUCGCCGCCUCCAUCAGCAGGUCUUGGGGUCGCUGCCUGGGCGGCUAAUGAUGGAGGUAUUGGAGGUGUGGCGGGACCGAGGGAGAGGAGUGAGAGUCAAUCCACCACCGCGAGCAGUCGGAGGGGCGUCCCUGUUCCGGGCAUUACGGACGAUGAUGUGAGGGUCGGUGAGAGUGCCAGCAGUCUGAAUGCUGGUGCGAGAGGUGGCACGGCUUAG